AUGUCUUAUUUUUUGCUAAUAUUCCUUAUUUUUUAUCAAUUACAGAAAAACAAUGCAGGAGAAGAAAUAUUAUCAACACCUUCUGCAGCUGAAGCUGGAGCUGGUUCUAAAUUUUACUUUAAUACACUUAACAUUUGCUCUAUAGUAAUGGAUUUAAUCUCUCAAAGUGUAUGUAUAACUGCACCUGUAUGUUUCAAGUUUAGUUUCUUUUUCAUUAAUCUUGAACCUAUUAUGGUGCAAGACAGGGUCGAAGAUUCGAUCUGUCAUGUUUCUGGUGUAGAUCAUAAUGACGUUAAUUUAACGGGAGUAACUGGAUCAGGCAUAUUAACAACUACAAAAGGAACUCAAUGUUUAAUACCACUGACAGCGUUUCCAGGAUGGCUUGCAUUUACGUCUAUCUUAUACGAAAUGCUUACACAUGCAUCAUACCUUUUAAUGGUUGUGCGAAAGUAUGUCCAGCAAAACUGUGCACCAUUCUUCCGGAAUUGGUUUAUGAUGCUAUCUUUCGAACCGUUCUGCAUGAUUCAUUCACCUUUGAGCAUAUCGAUGGCUCAAACUACCGGAUGUAUCCAAUAG